UAAAAAGACAAAAAUUAGCCAGGCUUGGUGGCGUGCGCCUGUAAUCCUAGCUACUCCGGAGGCUGAGGCAGGAGAACUGCUUGAAGCCGGGAGGUGGGUGUUGUUAGUGAGCUGAGAUCGCGUCAUUGCACUCCAGCCUGGGGAAAGAGCAAGGCUCCGUCUCAAAAGAAAAAAAAAGUAGACAAGUGACGGGAUCUCACUAUGUUGCCCAGGCUGGUCUCGAAUUCCUGGGCUCAAGUGAUCCUCCCAAAGUGCUGGGAUUACAGGCAUGAGCCACCACGCUCAGCCAAAGCCAUCCUUUUCUUCUACUACUCCUUCCCUUCCUUGUCCCCUUUCCAAGCUCUCUCUGGCCCAUCCCUGACUUCGCUACCAGCAGAAGCUGGAGUCAUUUUACAGCGGCCGGCGGCGAAGACUUCUUUGUCUCCCAGACUCGUCUUGGCCUCGUACGCCGCCAGGUUGCAGGUACAAACUCUCAGGUCCAGCCGGCUCUUAGGGCCACAGGCGCGGCCGUCUGACCGGAAAAGCAGGAUUCAACGAUCCAGAGCGCAAGUCUAGCUACGGCGUCCGCCUCCUCCCGGCUCCCGUCGAGGCCGCGUGGGAACCCGUUUGGCCGCGCAGGCGUCGAUCUCCCCUUUUUGACACUGAAACUCCCAUGAGGCCCUGCAGCGUCCCCGGCACCGCUGAAGACGCCCUGGAAAUCGGCCGGCUCCGGAGGGCUAGGUGAACUCUAGCCGCACUGCAUUAUGGAAUACAGAGUCUAAGAGAAAACUAACGUGACACCGACACCCGACCAAGCUCACGUGUUUACCUUGUACAGUGGGGUGGGGGCGUCAGGGAAGAGCAGCUAACACGAUUUCGUCAUAAGACCGCGACCAGACAGGCGGCGCCAUCUUCGAACUUAGACUUCCGGAAGGACUUUGGCGAGGGCUGGGCGUGGUGACUCAACCUGUAAUCCUGUAAACCUGUAACCUGUAAUCCUGUAAACCUGUAAUCCUAGCACUUUGGAAGUUGAAGCAAGAGGAUCACUUGGGCCCAGGAGUUUGAGACCAGCCUGGGGCAGCCACUUUGGGGGGUACUGAUGGAUACCUGCGGGGUCGGCUAUGUUGCCCUGGGGGAGGCCGGCCCCGUGGGGAACAUGACUGUGGUAGACUCUCCUGGACAAGAGGUACUAAAUCAGCUUGAUGUCAAGACCUCUUCAGAAAUGACCAGUGCAGAGGCUUCCAUAGAGAUGUCAUUACCUACCCCUUUGCCUGGAUUUGAGGAUUCUCCUGAUCAGAUGAGGCUCCCUCCAGAGCAGGAAAGCCUCUCUAGACUGGAACAGCAAGAUCUUUCUUCAGAGAUGUCAAAGGUCUCAAAGCCUAGGGCCUCAAAGCCUGGCCGGAAGAGAGGUGGUAGGACACGAAAAGGCCCCAAAAAGCCCCAACAGCCUAAUCCUCCAUCAGCCCCUCUGGUUCCUGGUCUCUUAGAUCAAUCCAACCCUCUGUCCACCCCCAUGCCUAAGAAACGAGGUCGAAAGUCCAAGGCAGAGCUGCUGCUUCUGAAGUUGUCGAAAGACCUAAAUCAGCCAGAGUCUCCAUCUCCAAAAAGACCCCCUGAGGACUUUGAGACCCCUUCUGGGGAACGACCCCGCCGAAGAGCUGCCCAAGUGGCACUCCUGUAUCUUCAGGAACUGGCUGAAGAGCUCUCAACAGCCAUGCCUGCUCCUGUGUCCUGUCCUGAGGCCCCCAAAGUGAGCAGCCCCACCAAACCGAAGAAGAUCCGGCAGCCAGCAUCCUGUCCAGGUGGAGAAGAGGUGGAUGGUGCUCCACGGGAUGAAGACUUUGUUCUCCAGGUUGAGGCUGAAGAUGUGGAAGAAAGUGAGGCCCCAAGUGAGAGCUCAUCUGAACUCGAGCCUGCAGUUCCCCGAGGCACCCCGCGAGGAUCUACUUCAGGGAAGCAGAAGCCACACUGCCGGGGAAUGGCUCCCAAUGGCUUACCAAAUCACAUCAUGGCUCCUGUUUGGAAGUGCCUCCAUCUCACCAAGGACUUCCGAGAGCAGAAGCAUUCAUACUGGGAGUUUGCUGAAUGGAUUCCUUUAGCCUGGAAGUGGCAUUUGUUAUCUGAGCUUGAGGCUGCUCCAUACCUGCCCCAGGAGGAAAAGUCUCCAUUGUUUUCUGUACAACGUGAAGGACUACCUGAAGAUGGCACCCUCUACCGAAUAAACAGAUUUAGUUCGAUCACAGCACAUCCAGAGCGCUGGGAUGUGUCCUUCUUCACGGGGGGACCGCUCUGGGCUCUGGAUUGGUGCCCAGUGCCAGAGGGGGCAGGAGCCUCGCAAUAUGUGGCUCUUUUCUCCAGCCCUGACAUGAAUGAGACACACCCACUGAGCCAGCUUCAUUCGGGUCCUGGGCUGCUCCAGCUGUGGGGCCUUGGGACCUUGCAGCAAGAAAGCUGUCCUGGCAACAGGGCCCAUUUUGUCUAUGGGAUUGCUUGUGACAACGGCUGCAUCUGGGACCUCAAGUUCUGCCCUAGUGGAGCAUGGGAACUUCCAGGCACCCCUCGGAAGGCUCCUCUUCUGCCCCGGUUGGGUCUCUUGGCUCUGGCCUGCUCAGACGGGAAAGUACUGCUAUUCAGUCUACCCCAUCCAGAGGCUCUGUUGGCUCAGCAACCCCCAGAUGCUGUGAAGCCUGCCAUAUAUAAGGUACAAUGUGUGGCAACCCUGCAGGUGGGGUCUAUGCAAGCUACAGACCCCUCUGAGUGUGGUCAGUGCCUUAGCCUGGCCUGGAUGCCUACCAGGCCCCACCAACACCUGGCUGCUGGAUACUAUAAUGGCAUGGUGGUUUUCUGGAACCUUCCCACUAACUCACCCCUGCAGCGGAUACGGCUCUCUGACGGCUCCAUAAAGCUCUUCCCCUUCCAGUGUUUCCUAGCUCAUGACCAGGCUGUGCGUACCCUUCAAUGGUGCAAAGCUAACAGCCAUUUCCUUGUCUCUGCGGGGAGUGAUCGGAAAAUCAAAUUCUGGGACUUACGACGACCUUAUGAACCCAUAAAUUGUAUCAAGCGCUUCUUGAGUACAGAGCUGGCCUGGCUGCUCCCCUACAAUGGCGUCACUGUGGCUCAGGACAACUGCUAUGCCUCUUAUGGACUCUGUGGGAUUCAUUAUAUUGAUGCUGGUUACUUUGGUUUCAAAGCCUACUUCACUGCUCCUCGCAAAGGCACUGUUUGGAGUCUUUCAGGAUCUGACUGGCUUGGGACCAUAGCUGCAGGAGAUAUAUCUGGGGAGCUCAUUGCUGCUAUAUUGCCAGAUAUGGCACUGAAUCCAAUAAAUGUCAAGCGACCUGUAGAGCGAAGAUUUCCUAUAUAUAAAGCAGAUCUGAUACCAUAUCAGGACAGUCCUGAAGGUCCAGACCAUUCUUCUACUUCAUCUGGGGUCCCUAACCCUCCCAAGGCUCGAACUUAUACUGAAACUGUCAACCAUCAUUACUUGCUCUUUCAAGACACAGAUUUGGGUUCAUUCCAUGAUCUGCUCCGGAGAGAACCAAUGCUACGCAUGCAGGAGGGAGAGGGGCAUUCUCAACUCUGCCUGGACAGGCUGCAGCUGGAGGCUAUUCAUAAGAUGAGAAAACAGACCUGGAGGAAACCCAAGUCCAACAACAGCAGAGAGACAACCCAUGUCAGUGCAAAGAAGCCAAGUGUUGCACUACCCUAUUGGGAUCCAGCUCACAUUGAGCCAGUUUUUUGAGCUGUUAGGCGAGUGCCUUCUAUCAAAGAAAAGCUUUACUCAAUUCUACAGGGCAACCCCUUUCCUAUUUUCAUGGUAGAAAAGAUGGGACCUGGGGAUCCACACUUGAGAGACUGUAGGUUGGUGCUGGCAGCCCUGCUUCUGCAACUGAGUCUCAGUCCUAGUCUUGACCUUGUUCCCUUUCUCAACUAAGAGCUUUUUCUCUUUCCAGCUCUCCCUCCCAAUAUAUCCACUGCAUACUAUCCAUUGUUCAUAUACUUUUCUACUUUUAUUCCUCUUCUCAUACUCCUCCCUUUGCCAGGAGUGUCUUUUUCCACCAUCUUCAUCCAAGUUCAAUUCAGCCUUCAAGGUCCCUGCUCAAAUUCCACCUUCACCAAAGAGCUUCCCAGUUUUCUCCAGUUAAAAAAAAGUCUCCCUUGUGUUCCCAAGGGGGAAGGAAGGAAAAAGGAUAAACAAGCAUUAAGCACUUGAUCAGUUUCAGGCACUUUGCCUAUGUCACUUGUAUGAGGUAGGUAUUGACAUUUUAAUGAUAAAAGAGGUGGAGAGGGUAAGCAGUCUGUAAAAGGUCAAGGUCAUAUAACUAGUAAGUGGUGGUGCUGGGGAUAUGAACUCAGUCUAACUUCAGAAUAUAACUGCAGCCUACCGCAUUUGGUCUAUUACAUUUACUUGUGUUAACUCCUCUAGCGUGCUGUUUUGCAAAUAGAAGCGUUUUAGUUAAAUGUUUGUGACACUGAA